AGAAUGGGUGGAGUUUGGCCCACUGGCUUUGGCAAGCCAUCCAAUCAGAAGGCCUGAGUUUCCUUGGCGAUGCUCAUGUCCAGUGAUGUACAGCUGAGGAUGAGAUCAGACACAUGAAGAUGGAGCAAAAGAUGUCAGUGAUGGUUUCCAUGGCUUCAUUAUUGAGAAAACUCUGCUGCCUGCUGGUAAUGCCAGGCUUCAUAGGAGCAACAUCUCUGACGAAAGUAAAACAGCCUGAUGGAAGUCUUGUCAGGAUUGGUUCUGCUAAAGCGAACGAUUUCUUGGCAAACUUUCGACCCAAGAGGAACGUCGAUCCUAAAUGGUACCGAGGUGACCCCGACUUUCAGUCCUACUACAGGUUCUACAACAGCAUCGGACACAUUGAAGGACUUUAUGAGAUAGACCGGAUCAGGAUGUUGUAUCAGCAGAUGCGUCACCCGGAGCUGAUCUAUGGGCCCGACGCUGCCGGCUACCAAAACAAAAUGGGUGCUACAACCAGCACCGCAGCACCAUCUACAACAACUCGCCCUCCUCCACCCCCCACCACCCCGGCUCCCACACCAGACCCACUGGAGAAAUUUGAGAAGAUCUAUCUGUGCAACCCCAAGGACCCUCUGUGCAAACCUCGGAUUGUCUACCUGCCGACAGGAGCUGUCCCAAUACUGUGUGACCCCCGACUCAACCUUGCAUGCAGUGCUACAAAAGAAGAGGGGGUUAGAAAUAUUAUUCCAUCUCAACCAACACUUGCCACUCCUACUCCUGGAAAGGCUGCUCCACCUGUCCCUCCACCGGACACCAAGAAAGGGAUGGAAUACGAAUGUGACCCGUACUGGGAUCCAGACUGCCUCAUCGACCAGCCUCCCCAUCCUGCACAGGAAGCAUCAUCACCUGUAGCACCAGACGAGGAAACAACAGAUGAAGGGAAUGUUCCUGUUUUUUUAAAUGUAGCUAAAACAAAAAGGCCCGGCCCUUAUUUUGAUCCUUAUGAUUUCAAAAGUGACGUGUAUGAUCCCUAUCGUUACGCUGAGCCAGCUCCGGAUCCACUUUAAGUACAAACUGUCCACAAAAAGAAGACAAAUCGAUCGACAGCCAGACCAAAACAAAAGUACAGUUCAGUAAUGCAGGUUAGCUACAAAUAUUACAUAAUUUCUCAGAUGAAAAACAAUACUGUGCCUGUACAAUAUGAGUGCACAAUAACCUCUGUUCACAUGAAAACAUAAAUGAAUAAAAAUACCUAUCAGAUAAAUGCCUUUACAGGGGUUUUUAUUUCUAUGCAGUUGACAGAACCUCUCUUAAUAUUUAGACAGCAGUAAAAUUAAACAAUAUCUUGAUUCUUGCAACUUCUACAUUUUUUCAUUUUCUUCAAAUGUGUAAGAUACUUCUCUUGUUAAAUUAGACAAAAACCUACGUGUAACAGGAAACCACAAAUUUAAUACUUUUUGCAAGGUACGGUAUGUCAGGACAUUAGUCUCUCUAAGACGGUCUGUUGUGCAUGGAACCAAGGUAAUCAUGGAGAAGUUUUCCUAAAGUUGUUUAGGCAAAAUAUCACAGCAAUAGGGGCACUCGUUAUCUAAAUGAGCUUGAGCAUUUUUGCAAAGGAGAAAUUCCAUCUCAAGAUACGAGAAACUGACGAAUACUUCACAUAUUGUUUAGACAAAUUAUCUUUAAAUUUGGACAAAACAAAUUAUAUGUUAUUUACAAGGAGACAAAGAAUUGUAAACACUCCAUUUAAAGUUGAUGGUGUAGAGAUUUGUAGAGUUAGUGAGGUGAAAUUUUUGGGUGUGAUAAUUGACAAGAGAUUAUCAUGGAAAUCCCAUUUGAAUUAUUUAAGAACAAAAUUAGCAAAAUCAAUUGCAGUGCUUUAUAAAGUACGGGAUUUUCUGAAUGAUCAUGCACUGUUUAUGUUGUAUAAUGCACUAAUUGUUCCACACUUGGUUUAUUGUGUUGAGGUAUGGGGAAAGGCAUGUUAUACUAGUACAAAAUCUGUUUUUGUUUUGCAAAAAAGGGCAAUAAGAAUUAUUGCUCGAAAACAUGGUAAAUAUCCAACAAAUACAUUAUUUUGUAAUUUGAGGUUUUUGAAAUUCAAUGAUUUAGUUGAUUAUAAUAUUUUGUUGGUUAUGUAUAAGGCACACCUAAAAACAUUACCCUUAAACAUCCAAAAAAAAAUUUGAAAAGAGAGAGAGUAGUUAUAACCUUAAGGGGACACAGAUUUUUAAGAAACCUAAAUUCAGAACUUGUUUGAAAGAACGAUGUACUUCGAUACAAGGAGUCAAACUGUGGAACGACCUAUAAAACGAUGUUAAAAACGUUAAAUCAUUACACAUGUUUAAAAGAAUGUUAAAGAUUGUUUUUUUGAAGAAGUAUGAAAUAGUAUAAAGUCAGAGUAUAGUAUCGUUCAGUUGAGAUUGAUGAUUGAUCUUGUUUCUUUGUUCUUCCUUUGUUUUCUUUUUUUUGUCACAUAAGACAAAUCAAAAUUUUUUUUGUUUUUUUGUUGUUUUGAUCCAUAGUUGAGAAAAAGGGGCAGAUAUUAUAAGAUUAUUUUCUUCUUUCUGCUACCUUUCAUUUCAUUUUUUAUUAAUUUUUUUUUCUUUGUAUUGAAUUUUUUUUCUUUGUAUUGAAUGAAAUGAAUAAAGAUUUAAAAAAAAGACAAGAUUUUUAAAACCAUCA